UUCUGAAAAUGCAAACGGGGCCACCAGUGCCUCUCCUGUGCUAUGAAGACAUUGUGUUUCGAAUAUUCCAUGAUAAGUCGCUCUUUAAUUAUUUUCUAGUGCUGAAUAGCAUCGUGUAAAUGCGUCACCGCCCGUGCCGAAUUUCUCCUUUCGCGGAUCCUCCCUUCACUUAAACUUUGCUUCGUUUUAGUGGCGCUAAAGUUAAGCGCUGGUAUCUAGUUUAUAAGGCCAGCCAUACAUUCUGAAAAACCCGUAUUUCUAGCAUGGACUCUAGUGUUCGUUCCUCCGAGAAAGCUGUCCUCUAUAAUCAAGAUCUUCUGAGCGUAAUCUGUGACAAUCUUUGGAGUGCUGGCAUCCAGUCGUUGCCUGACGGAGCCACAGUUCACCCCCUGGUCUCGUUGGCAACAGUCAGCACUUCCGUAUCCGAGACGGCUCUUGACCGACUCUGGAGACAUAUCUAUGGCUUCAAUCCAUUAUUACGCGUCCUCAAUGUGGGUGCUUCCGGGCCACACGAUGGAAGCAUUUGGACUAUUCCAAGAGAUGUACCAGAGCCGGUAUGGAACCGGUUCAAGAAGUAUGCUGAACGCAUUCGGUCAUUGACGCUCGAUGCAUCUUCUCGUGCCAAAGACCAUCCAUCAAUCUACCUGCGUCUCAUCGCCCAGUUCCCGGCUCUCCUAUUCGCCAACUUGAAGCGCUUGGAAGUCGAUCAAUCCUUCGCUGCAGAACCUCAUAUUCUCUUUCUACUCUCAAGCCCCGAUUUGCGAGAAGUCGAAAUCACUUUGGAACCCAACCCUGAUGAUGAUAUUGUCGCGACAUCUGUGCGGACCGCUGUUGCCGGACGAGAUACGUUUAUCAUCUCUUGUCCGCUGGCAACGCACGCUGGUUAUAAUACAGUUCCGAGCUGUAUCGACCGGGCCUGUCCCGCUACUUUCUUCACCGUAAAAGGCCUCCGUUGCCUAAAAAUCACUUCCCACCCCGUAACUUACUCCUUCCUCGAGGAGCUCUCCUCCUCUGAAUCCCUUGAGCACCUCCAGUUCGUCUUUGCCCCACACAUCUUACCUCACGACGACCGAGAUGGCUUUUCCUCCCUCAAGAUUUUGCACGUCACCGGACCCAUAGCGUCUAUGAGUCGUGUACUCAGACUUAUCGCGCCAGAUAUCCUUGAAUCUUUCACAUUCAUCGACAACUCCUCCAACCAAAGUUAUCAUUACGCAUGCGAGGUCAUGCUGGAUUUCCACGUCGGACUUUUCGAACGAUUCAACCUGAGCCUGCGCGAGCUUUCGUUGACGUAUCCAUACUGGUCGAUCAGUCAAGAGCACUGGGAGUCUUCGCGACUCGUCUUUGAGCCGCUUUAUGGGCUAAGACUGUUAAAGACACUUUAUUAUUCCGGUAACCUAGCUUUGGAUCAGGGCACGGUCGAAAAGAAGUUUGCUACAGCAUGGAAGGGUGUCGAAAAUAUCUGCAUCCCUCAGUUGGCGGUACCUCUCCCGUCCGACGUUUUGCUGGAGCUAGCAACGCACUGCCGUCAGCUCACGUGUCUUACCAUACCCAUUGCAUUUCCCGACAAUGAUGCGCUUCUGCCUCGUCAAGUUCUCCGACACAGGCUACGCGUAUUUUCGUCGCCUGGCAUACCGGUCGGACGGCCAGCAUCUGUUGCGAGGUAUUUAGAUAGCCUUUUCCCGUUCCUUGCAGUGAUCAGUGGUGGGGAACGAUGGGAUGAGGUUGAACGUAUCAUCCUCCAUGCAUGUCAACCGGUCAGAUGUGAUGAGCGAGGGAGAGACAGAUCGAAGGAUUCGGAUUAGAUGAAAACCAUCUUGAUGGCCGGCGCAAUUUUACUACAUCGAGAGAAUCUGACACUGACAUUACAAUGGACUUGGAUAUCUAGUAGCAGUAGUA